GCCAACUGACCUAUCGCCAGACCCGUUCACACCCACACCCACCCCCCUCCACCUAGGGGUCUGAACACAAAAGGAGGUGUGGGACUUACAGGGCCUCUAUAGGAUGAGGGGCAGGCUCCUUACAGUCCCAGCCAGCAUCAGAAGAGCCUGUGACCUGUACAGGCCCCAGAGUCCCCAGGGCUACGCAGAACCAGGAGGAACAGAGUGUGAAGGCUGACUGUCUUAGUCUCUUUCUAUUGCUGUGGAGACAUCAUGACCAAGGCAAACUCUACCCUGGAGUCUGACCCUGCAGUCCUCAGCACCCUGGUCACCAAGAUCCUGGUGCUGUUAGCCUUGCUCCCCAGAUGCAUGGAAGGCGUUAGUCUUGGAGCAAAUGGUGCAGACAGCAGCUUCUGUCACAGAGGCUCAGAGCAGAAAUCAGCUGGAGAUCAGAGGAGUCAAGAGACCGUCAUAGAUGGACAGACCCAGGAACAGGUGGAAGGGAAAGGCCAUCCAGCCCUAUACAGUCUUCUCCCCUUCUCUGGUGGCCAGUGGACACCGUGCAAGCCAGUUCACCACGGAGAGUGGAACGACCUUCCCUGACCUCAUUUUCAAGUCGGUGCGAGCACACCCGGAGCCCGCACCGCACAUUCCGGAGAAGGAAGAAGCGCGAGCCACACUCACACACCCACACUUCCAAUCGUGGCGCACACCGAAGACUGGGACUGCUGGACCCUGCCCAGGCCUCAAGUUCAUUCCAACUCUAACGUCAUUACGGACCCUGCAAGGGCUGCGGCCGCUCAAAGAAUAGAACCUCAUUAGCAUCUUGCUUUGAA